CGCAUGCGCAGACCUCAGCAGCCGAUCAGCUGACCGUGAGUGAAGCCUUUGGAAACACUGGAGUGUCAUUAUGAAUAUCAAAUCCUAAGACGGAUCCCUAGUGAAGCGUGUAGUUAAAACUAGCGGGUGAUCGUCGCGUCGUCUCGUUCACGUCGAAAUCAGACUGUCUGUUUAUCGCUCCUCAGCAGCCAUGACCGAGUUCUGGUUGAUCUCUGCUCCUGGAGAGAAGACCUGCCAGCAGACGUGGGACAAACUAAUGACGGCCACGACUCGCACCAACAACCUCUCCACCAACAACAAGUUCAACAUUCCCGAUCUCAAGGUCGGGACAUUAGAUGUCCUGGUGGGGCUGUCGGAUGAGCUGGCCAAGCUGGACGCUUUUGUCGAGAGCGUGGUGAAGAAGGUGGCUCAGUACAUGGCCGACGUGUUGGAGGACAGUCGAGAUAAAGUCCAGGAGAACCUGCUGGCCAACGGAGUCGAUCUGGUCACUUAUGUCACGAGAUUUCAGUGGGACAUGGCCAAGUACCCUAUCAAACAAUCCUUGAAGAACAUUUCGGAGAUCGUCUCCAAGCAAGUCUCACAGAUCGACAAUGACCUGAAGGCCCGCGCCGCCUACAACAACCUGAAGGGAAACCUACAGAAUCUAGAGAGGAAGAACGCAGGGAGCCUGCUGACCAGGAGUUUGGCAGACAUCGUCAAGAAAGACGACUUUGUGCUCGAUUCUGAAUACCUCAUUACUAUGCUGGUCGUGGUACCAAAAACAAACUACACCGAGUGGCAGCGCACUUACGAGACUCUGGCAGAAAUGGUGGUGCCGCGAUCUACGAAUUUACUUUUCGAGGACCAGGAAAGCGGCCUGUUCACCGUCACGCUCUUCAGAAAGGCCAUCGAUGACUUCAGACUCAAGGCCAGAGAGAACAAGUUCACGGUCCGGGACUUCCAGUACAACGAGGAGGAAAUGAAAGCCGAUAAGGAGGAGAUGACCAGACUCUCGACCGACAAGAAAAAGCAGUUUGGUCCGCUGGUUCGGUGGCUGAAGGUGAACUUCAGCGAGGCGUUUAUCGCUUGGAUCCACAUCAAGGCUCUGCGGGUCUUUGUGGAAUCGGUGUUGAGAUACGGUCUGCUCGUCAACUUUCAAGCGAUGCUGCUGCAGCCCAACAAGAAGAACAUGAAGAAGCAGGAGGUCCUGUACGAUCUCUACAAGCACCUGACAGCAGCGCUGGCUGCCAUCAUCGACCAAUCCGCCAUGGACAUCCCCGGCUUGAACCUCAGCCAGCAAGAAUACUAUCCCUACGCGUACUACAAGAUCGACUGCAACCUCCUGGACUUCAAGUAGAAGACGCGCUUUUAACCACGUGGCCCUUCGCUUCGCUCUCUGUGAAUAAAUUAAAUUAAACUGUAUAUCGCUGAGCUCUCGUUCCAGUCACCCGGCCAUGCAUGCUCAUUCAUAUUCAGAGAUACUCCUCCACUGACCGCAGGAGACCAUCUAUAUCUGCCGCCCCUAGUACUUUGUUUACAUUUUGGUUUUUUUUAAGGAUGUCGUUGUGUUAUCACAUGUGCAAGUGAACUAAACGAUGCGUUUUAAGUCAUUCCACUCAUGUUUUGUGACGUGCAGUAGCUCCAUUUGAUGUCGGUGAUCGGUAUUAUUGUGCGUGGACAGCUGUGUUUUUAACCUUUUAUUCUUGAAAUGAACCAGUGGUCCGUUUGAGCAAACACAAAAUGAGAGAGAAAAAGUGUUACAAAGAUGCAAUAUAAAUGUGACGUCGUGUACAUUUGGUGUUCGAAGAGUUAUAUAUGUGCGAAAUUAUUGUGUCAUGGAACCAAAAUAUAAAAUUAUUAUAAGUACGUAA